AUGUCAAUAUCGAAAAGCGAAACGGACAUCAUCCUCAAUAAAGCCCAUGUUGCUCUAGCGCGCAGCCAGCGUCUAGUAGCCUCCUGGCUCCCUCCGCCGACAGACGAAGAAAAGGCCCAUGUCAAAACAGAAGAAGAGCUGCAGCGAGAGGAAGAUGAAAUCUUCACUGCUGUCCCGGAGACACUAGKAGUCGGCGCGCCCCUCCCCGAAAAAGCCGCUGACGGGAGCUGGAACCGGACCGAACUGGAUUCCAACGAUAAGCUCCGGAAACAACUCCUGGGAAAAAACUACAAGAAGGUUAUGGCUGCUUCCGCUGGGGUAAAAUCGGGCAAGCCGGUGGACCAAAAUGGAGUACCCGCUGGGAAUGCGGCGGCUUCCUCGGCGGCUGGGACGGGCGAUGCGGAUGAUGACGAUGACGAUGAGGAAGGACGAACGGUGAUGGUGGGAAGGAAAGGCGACCUUCGGAAGAAAGCGGUGGAUUUGGCACGGAAAAGAAAAGCUACAACUGAUAUCGCAGAGGACGGUGGCGUUGCCCCAAGUGGUGCUGGUGAGAUCAAGGAUGGUGAUAGCGAAGACACUCCAGCGAAACAAGAGGGCCCGUUAUCGCGAUCAGCGCCAGGGCCGAGAGGCCGGAAGAAAGCCACAAGUUUUUUGGAUGAGAUACUCGCCGAUCGGUCGAAAAAGAGGAAGAAGCGAUGA